AUGCCAACUCCAGACUGCAGCAUCAGUAUUGAUGAACUGCUGUACCCUGGUAAACUCCAGAGGAUUUUCUUGGAAGAAGCAGCUCCUCGCAGAGUCAUGAUUGCCAUCACGGAUUUCCCCCCAAAAAUCCUAGACUUCACUGUGAUGGGCCUGACUCUCAACCGUGGAAGGCAAUACGAAAGCCUCUACAGCGUUUUGCAACGUGCCGACACUUGGCUAAGACAACAAGUCAGCUUGAAUGUCGUCACUGUGCAAACCAUCCCGCAACGAGAAGAAUUCUACGGCACCGACGAAACUGAGACCUUUUUUGUGGAGCCAGCACUUGCUAGCGUCGACAUCUUGCGGAUUUUGCGAGUCGCUUAUGUUCGAGAGCUCGACGAUUUCCGAGACGAAAUCACAGAAAACCGUGCCACAAGUUUCUCAGGAUCUCUGUCACUUUCCUGCAAAAUUUUCGCGCCGGAAAAGCAAAGCCUAGCAGAGGAGACCCGCGAUGCGCAAAUUCGCCGCGUGCUAAAUUGGCUAGAUACCAACGAAGAUGUGUCCCAGCUACUGUGGUUAGAGACGGGGCUUUUCAAGCGACACGAAGAAUGGCGAAUGGCUGAAAUUCUGCACAAAGGAGACGUUGUCUACAAGGACAAAAGCACCGACUAUUGGGACACUCACUACAGAUUCUGCAUCAGAGCAUUUUACAUCGGCCCUCGGAAAAAGACAACAACUGAGCAGAAGCUGUAUUUGUCAAGAAUAAACGCCAAUGCCUUCGGCUUUGGGAAAUGCAGUGUGAGCUGAGAAUAAUACCCCGGUUUACGGCCGAAGCGGAUGAAGACCGAUGCGCAUAACAGACUUCGGCGGAUCCCGAUUUUCGUUUCGAAUAGCUGCCCAUUUUUCCCAUCACAGUGCACGUUUUUCAUGAAUCCGGAAAAAUACAAAUUGAAUAGUUGAAUUUGACCACCAUCCACCAGAAA